AUGUAUCUCUCCGGAUUUGCAACAUUUCUCCUUGCAGUCGCACCACUAGUACUGGGCAGCCCACUUCUGCCACGAGAGGACGAACGACUAGACGAAGCGGUUUUCCUUACGACCUGCUUCAAGUAUAUGAAAAGCAACGACGCCACACCAAACGGCCGAGACGACAAACUCUGGUACUUCAAAAACUACGACGAUUCUAUCAAAGGAAAGCAAUUCGACGAAGCCUAUGCCUCCAACCCGGGCGACCAAAACCAUCCCGUGGACUGGACGUCGGGUACAGAAGGAAAACCCAUAACCGGCACACUCGACAAGAAGCCGUUCAAAGUAUGGGGACUCACGGAAAUGGGAGAUGGCAAGACGUUCGUUACUGGAUAUGCUGAUCUAGGAGGCGCCCCCAUGCGCUGCUACAACAACUCUGUCUCGUCUUGGAAACAGGAUUAUGGAGAAAAAAUGUACGUCAAAUGUAGUGCGAAAUACUACUGCACGAGAAAUUCGCGACAGAUCCGUCGCACGAUUGUGACGACUUCGAGUACGAUGCAAAGUAUUCUGUUUCUGGGACAACAGAAUUACGAUAUCAAGAAUGAUCAUGGAGUGCAGGAACAGGUGAAAAAUGCUUUUUUGUGGUUGAAGGAUCACUAUAAGAGUAAUGCUGCGGAUGGGGAAGGAUAUAAAAUCGGAAGCAAAGAUUACAAGAUGACAUAUGCGGUGAAUCGGAUGGAGAAAGAGGGAGAUCCGUAUUAUGAAGCUGAUCGGAUCAACCAAGUUGCGGAGUUGGUGGCGGAGAAAAUGCUUCCUGAGUUUGACUACAUGAGUGAAUCAUUAUGGUUGAGAUACGUGUUCAUGUGUUGA